UAUGCGUAAUUUGGCUGGUAAUGAAAGCAGAUGUAAUGCUAAGUGAAAUGGGCGAAGCGUUGAGCAAGCUGUGUUCAGCUUCACGUGUUCCAGCAGUGGGUUCGGUUCUCGACCGAGUCAUCUCCCAACCCAGCAGCGAGGAUCACACGGUACUUUAUAAACUCGCAGAUUAUAAAAAAGGUGGUUUAUUAUUAGAAACGUACACAAAAGGUGGUAUGGCUGCUGCAGAAAGGUUAAUACGUGAGGAGUUUUCAUCGUAUAUGUACGCAGGAGGUAGGGGUCGGGUCAUCAACAGAGCUGAAUAUUUGCGGUGGAAAUUCAGGGACCAAGAGCAGGUGGUGCUACCGAUCGAAGCGUCUCUGUCGCCCCACGACCCUCUGGCCAAAUGGGAGGAUCACACUGCGUGCUGGCAAAUGAGCUACCGUGGAGCACUGGGCGAGUCACUGCUACACGUUCUCAUUAUUUGCGAUACAAAGACUCACACACGUUUAGCCAGAACGUUAGUGAAAUGUUUUCCAAAACUCUCAUUAGACGUCGUUGAAGGAGAAGAAUAUUUGGGUGCGAGUUCAUUACAUCUUGCGAUUGCAUACAGCAAUAAUGAGCUGGUCCAAGAUUUAGUAGAGGCUGGUGCUGAUGUCAAUCAGAAAGCCAUCGGUAGUUUCUUUUUACCACGCGACCAACAACGGGAUCCACCGACUCGACAGACAAAUUACGAGGGUCUGGCGUACUUGGGCGAAUACCCCCUCGCCUGGGCAGCUUGUUGCGCCAACGAGGCCGUAUACAACCUCCUUUUGGACUCGGGAGCUGAUCCAGAUUCUCAAGACUCCUUUGGGAACAUGAUACUUCACAUGGUUGUAGUGUGUGACAAGCUGGAUAUGUUCGGUUACGCUCUCCGACAUCCGAAGCUCCCAGCAAGCAACGGCAGGUUAAAUAAGGCUGGUUUCACUCCGCUGACACUGGCCUGCCAACUGGGCCGAGCCUCCGUGUUCCGGGAGAUGUUAGAGCUCUCGUCCAGGGAGUUCUGGAGAUAUUCCAACAUCACUUGCUCUGCUUACCCGCUUAACGCCUUGGACACUUUGCUGCCUGAUGGAAGAACAAAUUGGAAUUCUGCGCUGUUCAUAAUUCUCAACGGUACGAAACAAGAGCAUUUGAACAUGUUGGAUGGAGGAAUUAUACAGCGGCUUCUGGAGGAGAAAUGGAAGACUUUUGCCAGGACAAAAUUUCUCAAGAGGCUACUAAUCUUAGGGCUACAUCUUCUCCUUCUAUCCGUGUCCGUAUACCUCCGGCACAGCAGCCUAGAAGCUGAUGUCCACCCAGACUGGGGCCUUGAAGUCAACGACGCGAGAUCCGGUAUAAGACUGUCCACCGAAUUGGGCACGAUUAUCAGCACCUUGUGCUAUAUUAUACUGCAGCAGGGCGAUGAGAUCAAGAAUCAAGGCCUUGUGGCAUAUUUCAAACAGUUGAUCCACGAACCAGCUAAGUUCAUAUUUCUAGCUUCGAACCUGCUGCUUUUAGCGUGUAUACCAGCUCGACUUAGCCGGAAAACCACGCUCGAAGAAGGAAUACUCAUCUUUGUGCUACCGGGGUCCUGGUUUCUGCUUAUGUUCUUUGCAGGGGCAGUUAAGUUGACCGGCCCGUUCGUGACGAUGAUCUACAGCAUGAUCACUGGUGACAUGUUCACGUUUGGCAUUAUCUACUGCAUCGUGCUGUUUGGCUUCUCACAGUCUUUCUACUUUUUAUACAAAGGUUUUCCCAACGUACAGUCAACUUUAUUUUCAAGUUACGCCAGCACAUGGAUGGCCUUGUUUCAAAUCACUCUAGGCGAUUACAGUUACACGGACCUAGGACAGACUACGUACCCGAACCUGUCCAAGACAGUUUUCGCUCUGUUCAUGGUGUUUGUGCCGAUCCUGCUGCUGAACAUGCUCAUCGCUAUGAUGGGCAACACGUAUGCCCACGUCAUUGAACAGUCGGAGAAGGAGUGGGUCAAGCAGUGGGCAAAAAUCGUAGUGUCCUUGGAGCGAUCAGUAUCUCAGGAAGAUGCGCAUAGAUACCUGCAAGAGUAUUCCAUAGGCUUGGGUCCGUCUGAUGAUCCUCGGUAUGAGCAGCGAGGGGUUAUGGUCAUCAAGAGCAAAGCCAAGACCAGGGCUAAACAGAGAAAAGGAGCUUUAGCUAAUUGGAAGCGAGUUGGAAAGGUGACGAUAGCGGAGCUACGUAAACGUAAUAUGAGUGGCGAGGAGUUACGGCGUCUCAUGUGGGGACGAGUAUCUAUAUCUACACCCACUAAAGCGCCUUUACCUUGCUUGCCCCCACCCGAACUAGUUGGUUCGACCGAAGCUACUGGAACCGGAGUGGGCCCAGCCCUUUCGUCAGCUCUCAACGUGAUGGCUUUUACUCAUGAUCUCGACCUAACGAACACAUGCACAGAUUUACAAAAACAACUAACACCAGAUCUUCUCGUGAACGGCGUUACACAAGCGACAGGUGUACCCCAUCAAGCACAAUUGAUGUCAAAGCAAGUCACUUCUCCAAACCAAUUGAAUGUCGCGUUAAACCAACCUUUAACUAAGUCCAGCUUAGAAAUGAAAGUGCCAAUAACUGCCGGUCAAAUCAAAGUGCCCACAGCUCCUGGUCAAAUGCAAGUUGCCAUAAACACUGGGCAAGCUGGACUCGCUAUUCUAGGACAGGGUCCGAUGCCAAUGGAUGUUUUGGGAACGAGUUUGUCCCCUCAAGAUCUUCAAAAGCCGCAAAAUGUGAACGUGAUGAUGCCACCACCGAAAGAAGAAGUAUAUAGGGAUUACCUCCACGAGUUAGUGUCUAUGGAGGCGAAAGUGGGCACCAAUAACCCAGAAGUAAAGAACUUAGCUGAGAAGGCAGCCGAUUUAGCAGGGGUGCCGGAAAUUGACGUCAUUGUUACGUCGGCGGCUAAGUCGGCGCGUUUGGUGGUAGCGGGCGCGGUAUCUGGCCUAUUUGGAGUAGCGGCUGACGUGCCACAACCAGAUGCAGCUUGGAGAAGAGACAGGCAAGAACACACUGACAGUGAUCCUGUGACAGACUCUGUUAUACUCGGUCGAGCGGCGCGGGCCCGCCGGGCACGUUCCGCCUCACGACGAGCACCCCCUCCUCCGCCGCAUCUUUAUGUGCCUGCUAGGUCUAUGUACUUUGUGGCGUCUGAAAGUAGCGCAGUUGAAAGCGAUGUUCCUUUGGAAGACCAACUAAGUUCGGGUAACAACUCUGCAAUAGGCGGUAUACGUGAUGACAGGAUGAGAGCUGCUCGUCCAUUGUGCAUACAACACGCUACUGGACAAGUUCAAGUUGAGCAUUCGAUAUUUAUCGUUGGAGCGGGAAAUGGUGCGGAAGUGGAAAGUGCUGCACCGAAGAGAACUAAAAUGGACGUAAAGAAACCUAGACCGAAAACAGCCAGACCGCGUCGCCAAAACAGGGUUUCUCCAGUCCCAGAGACCGGAAGUCCUUUAGAGCCGUGGGCAACGGCUUCCCUGUCAAGGUUAUCUCGCAUGAUACGUUCCUCCAGCAGCUCUUCGUUGUCUGUCAGCUCCCGCAACUCUGCAGAAACCUCUCCUCGGCGGUACUGAUAUUCUCGCAAAAAAACUUAACAGUAUACAUACCUACAGUUCAAUCAUAGUCCAAAGGCCGAAUAUUGAAACUACUUGAGCGCACUUCAAAAUUUUAAGUUAGAUUAAUGGCAUUUCCUAGUUUAGCACGAAUCUUGACGUUUUAUAGAAAUAUAAGACUAUCGCGAUGCUUUUCGAUUGGUGUCACGUGUCCUCUAUUGGCUAUAAAACACAAAAUUUGUUUAUGACGUCAAUGUCACCAGAUCGGUGCUGCGAUUACCUACUAGUUAAUUUGUACAUAAAUCAGAAAAAUCUGUGUGUCAAUAAGACUUGCACAAUUUUAAGCCUACCCUCCAAUUUGCUAGACUAGCAAGCUCAAUUCACUGCUGUCCGACAACACCACAAGGAUUCUUCAAAACACGCAUUCCCAGAACAUAUGUUGUUAAAGAACGUUUAUGUACCUAACGCCUGGUUUUAGUGAAACCUGUACGAGAUAUUUUUUGGACCUCCUGCAUGCCACUACUACAUUUGGAUCUGUCACGCAAUUUUACUAUAUUUGUGAUAUCGUAAAACCAAAUUAGCAGUUUGGACAAAACACCAAAAACUACAACAAAAUUUUUAAGUGCGCCUUUGUUAAGCAUUUCAAAAUUCAGACCACUCGCGCAAGUGGGCGAUUAUGAUUGAAAAAUUAUUAUAUUAUGUUAAAAGAUUUGUAAAAAAGAAGUUUAAAAUGUUGACUACUUGUAAGAUUAAACAGUUUAUGUAAGAAUUUAAGCAAUAAAUAAAACAACUUAUUACUUC